AUGGACAAUCUAGAAAGAGGCCUCUACUACAUCCCUCUAGACCUCUAUACAGCCCGCCUCUUCAUCUUUAUAGACGGAUCACUAGCUAAUAAUAAAGAUUUAAGAUAUAUAAUCGUUCUAGUAAAUGAGAGGCUAAAUAAGAAGGAAAACAAGUUUACUAUUAAGGGAAACAUAGCCUAUUAG